AUGAAACGGCGGACGUCAUCGCUGCUGGUCAGUAUUGGAGGCAGUCCAAGGUCAGUCCGUUAGCCCAGCUGAAAUCUGCUGCCUCUGAACCAUGCUGCCCCACUGAGUAGUGCGUACUCAGUUGGGCUCUCUGCUUUUCUGGAGGAUGUUCCUCUGGGGAAGCAAAACUGUGUGACGGGUUGGUCACGUGGUCAGACGCUGGGAGGUUAUGGUCCAUAGGCUAACUGUGACAGCAACCCCAGGUGGCAUAUUCCCCCCAGAAUGCUGUUGUUCAUAAGUAAAACUAGUAUGCUUCCCUUUGGUCUAGUCUAUACAGGUCCCCACAUCCACACAGUCCCCAAUCUCUUUUAUCAUCCCGUAGUCUAAAUCAACUGUGGGUGGUGUGUUUGUGUUGUAUAUGUACAUCUCUUUGUAUUGGUGGUGGUUUUUGUCAGUCACACAUUGUCCACCUAGGUAAUAAUGCCUCUGUAUCUUUUGAAGCUUUAUUUCUCUGUGAAGCAGGGAUUGGGAACAUUUUCUCCGAGUAUGACAGAGGAAAUGAAUAGGCAGUAUCAGAUGGGAGAGUAAUGGUAAAGAUGGCCGUCGUUCAGAGAAGUCAGACUCUCAUUAGAUCGGAGCUCUCUCUCUCUCUCUCUCUCUGCUCUCAUGUGUUGAAGUCAAUGACUGUGCUGCUUUUGUCGCCUGACGAACGCUGUGGAAUGUUUCAACUGGCCGAUUUCACGCCAGCGGGAGCGGAAAAUAUUUUUGGUAUCUCAGAUUGUUCUUCAAGCUAUUGGGACAGGGCCUUGGAAUUCAGCAGGGAUAUACAGUUGAAGUCGGAAGUUUACAUACACUUAUGAUGGAGUCAUUAAAUGGAGUUGAAGGAUGGGACUAAUAACAACUAACAACAACUAACAAAAACAAGAUAACUAAUAAUGUAAGCAUACUGUGUCCAUAAUAAGUAUAUAUGUUAUAGGUUGAGAGCUUUUGUGAAAGAGCACAGUUAGAAAGAUAUGGCAUACAGAAGCAAACCGGAUGGACAUCAUGAAAAUUAUCGGAGAGGUUGAGGGUAGAGGAAGUUCAGGAGUAAAAACAAACAAAAUAUAAUUAUUGUAAAAUUGACUGUGUCCAUUAAAUGUAUAUAGUAUGUAUAAGCUGGAAGUAGAGGCCUAAGCAUUGUUGUUCACUAGUUUACUCCAAUUGGGGAAGGGGUGGUGGGGUUGAAAAGUAAUAAAGGGAAAUACAUUUAAAAAAGGAAAUGUAUGUACAGUGGGGGACAAAAGUAUUUAGUCAGCCACCAAUUGUGCAAGUUCUCCCACUUAAAAAGAUGAGAGAGGCCUGUAAUUUUCAUCAUAGGUACACGUCAACUAUGACAGACAAAUUGAGAAACAAAAUUCCAGAAAAUCACAUUGUAGGAUUUUUAAUGAAUUUAUUUGCAAAUUAUGGUGGAAAAUAAGUAUUUGGUCACCUACAAACAAGCAAGAUUUCUGGCUCUCACAGACCUGUAACUUCUUAUUUAAGAGGCUCCUCUGUCCUCCACUCGUUACCUGUAUUAAUGGCACCUGUUUGAACUUGUUAUCAGUAUAAAAGACACCUGUCCACAACCUCAAAUAGUCACACUCCAAACUCCACUAUGGCCAAGACCAAAGAGCUGUCAAAGGACACCAGAAACAAAAUUGUAGACCUGCACCAGGCUGGGAAGACUGAAUCUGCAAUAGGUAAGCAACUUGGUUUGAAGAAAUCAACUGUGGGAGCAAUUAUUAGGAAAUGGAAGACAUACAAGACCACUGAUAAUCUCCCUCGAUCUGGGGCUCCACGCAAGAUCUCACCCCGUGGGGUCAAAAUGAUCACAAGAACGGUGAGCAAAAAUCCCAGAACCACACGGGGGGACCUAGUGAAUGACCUGCAGAGAGCUGGGACCAAAGUAACAAAGCCUACCUGAGAUGUGUGCAAACCUGGUGGCCAACUACAAGAAACGUCUGACCUCAGUACUUGGUGGCAAAGUAAUGUUUUGCAGAGGGGUCAAAUACUUAUUUCCCUCAUUAAAAUGCAAAUCAAUUUUUAACAUGCGUUUUUCUGGAUUAUUGUGUUGUUAUUCUGUCUCUCACUGUUCAAAUAAACCUACCAUUAAAAUUAUAGACUGAACAUGUCUUUGUCAGUGGGCAAACGUACAAAAUCAGCAGGGGAUCAAAUACUUUUUUCCCUCACUGUAUUGAAGCAACAUCUCAAGACAUCAGUCAGGAAGUUAAAGCUUGGUCGCAAAUGGGUCUCCCAAAUGGACAAUUACCCCAAACAUACUUCCAAAGUUGUGGCAAAAUGGCUUAAGGGCAAAAAAGUCAAGGUAUUGGAGUGGCCAUCACAAAUCGCUGACCUCAAUCCUAUAGAAAAUGUGUGGGCAGAACUGAAAAAGCAUGUGCGAGCAAGGAGGCCUACAAACCUGACUCAGUUACACCAGCUCUGUCAGGAGGAAUGGGCCAAAAUUCACCCAACUUAUUGUGGGAAUUAUGUGGAAGGCUACUUGAAAUGUUUGACCCAAGUUAAACAAUUUAAAGGCAAUGCUACCAAAUACUAAUUGAGUGUAUGUAAACGUCUGACCCACUGGGAAUGUGAUGAAAGAAAUAAAAGCUUAAAUAAAUAUUUCUCUCUACUAUUAUUCUGACAUUUCACAUUCUUAAAAUAAUGUGGUGAUCCUAACUGACCUAAGACAAUACAUUUUUACUAGGAUGAAAUGUCAGGAAUUGUGAAAAACUGAGUUUAAAUGUAUUUGGCUAAGGUGUAUUGAAACUUCCGACUUCAACUGUAAUUGUAGAUGUGACAGCAGACACACAGGAUGCUCACAGCAGCUUAUGUCACACCAGGAAGUGGAGUUCAGUACACUCUGCAGCUGCUUAUUCCCAUGAGACAGUACAGCCUCUGCAUUUUCUCAGCAUGGUUUAUAUUUGGGUGGUUAAAAUAUAAAAAAUGAUGUAAUUUGUAUGAGAAAUUGCUUGUCGUCAUUCCUAUCUCACAAUAAUGUAUUACCUUGUGGAAAUUCAGUAAAAUAAGGCAAAGUCAAUUAUGAGGGGGGGGGAUUACAUUAAUUUUGACAAACUUUAUGAAUCCACAAAUCUGCUCGUGGGGCAUGCUGAGAUCACUUGCCACAUGUUCCAUUUGUGAUUUUUAUGUUUUGCCAUGCAGGGAAAACAUUUCAUUCAACAUUUCUAAUAUCACACCAAAGGACAUGAUGUCUUAACAUAGGUCAAAAUAAAAGAAGCAGUCAGAUUAUGUUUAAAAAAGUAUAUUGUAUCAACUAAAAAAAAUAAAAAAUAUUUGUUAUAGAACAACAUUAAAUACUUCAAAUAAAACACUUAAAAAACAAGAACAUUGCUCCAUUAAGCAACAUUGUGCUGUAAAAUGUUAAAGCUCAUAGGUAUCAAGGAGACAGCACCAGUGAAGAACAUUCUGGUGUUAAUACAAUCACCCGUUAACAAUGCUAAAAAGUGAACAUAUAAAUCAUUCUCAUGUUCAGAGUUUUAAAAAAAACACUUGAAUUGGUUCAUCUUAAAACAACAUUACUGUAGUGAGUGAAUGAGUUGAACAGUUCUAAACUUUCUCUACACCUCUCCUUUGAGUUUCUCCUCUUCUUUGAGUUUCUCCAUUUCUUCUGAAGCUUUUCUCUUUGUGACGGUCGCAAAGGCUUCAUUCUAAUUCUUUCAAUUUCCCCCCUGGAUUUCUGCUCUUGAUAUCUAGAAAAUAAAAUUACAGUCUCAAAAGUAGGCCUGAUAUUCAAUUAGGAUAAGGGGUGAAAGUAGAUUUAAUUUCUUCCCAGAAUGGGGACCUCCUAUGUGUGCAGGCACUUUUUUAUGGGCCUAAUCAUAGAAUUACAUAUAUAAUCCCUAUUAAUUUAAUAGGAUGUCUAUGGGCCUAAUAGUAAAGAUUUGUCUUAACUUUUAAAAUGUAUUAGCCUACCUUUUAAUGUGGUAUUAAAACAACAAGUCAUGAUGUUUUCAACUUAUUGUCAAACAAUUACUUCAAAAGGAUAAUGUAGGCUCCCUGUACAUGUUACUCAGGGACGGCAGAAAGACGACCGUUUCAGAAAAAAAUAGUUUUUAAGCCUCAUUUACAGUGCAUUCGGAAAGUAUUCAGACCCCUUCAAUUUUUCCACAUUUUGUUACAUUACAGCCUUAUUCUAAAAUUGAUAUUUAAAAAAUAAUAAUCCUCAUCAAUCUACACACAAUACCCCAUAAUGACAAAGGGAAAACAGGUUUUCAGUGCUCAGGACCUCAGACUGGGGUGAAGGUUCACCUUCCAACAGGACAAUGACCUUAAGCACACAGCCAAGACAACGCAGGAGUGGCUUCAGGACAAGUCUCUGAAUGUCCUUGAGUGGCCCAGCCAGAGCCCGGACUUGACCCUGAUGGAACAUCUCUGGAGAGACCUGAAAAUAGCUGUGCAGCAACGCUUCCCAUCCAACCUGACAGAGCUUGCGAGGGUCUGCCGAGAAGAUUGGGAGAAAUUCCCCAAAUACAGGUGUGCCAAGCUUCUAGCGUCAUACCAAACAAGAAUCGAGGCUGUAAUCGCUGCCAAAGGUGCUUCAACAAAGUACUGAGUAAAGGGUCUGAAUACUGAUGUAAAUGUAAUAUUUAUGUUUUCUGAGGGGGGGUGGGUUUAGCAACAAAAAAUAGCUUUUUUAUAAUGGGGUAUUGUGUGUAGAUUGAUGAGGGGGAAAAAACUAUUUAAUAAUUUUUAGAAUAAGGCUGUAACAUAACAACAUUUAGAAAAAGUGAAGGAGUCUGAAUAUUUUCCGAAUGCACUGUAGAUAUUUUUCUGCUCAUAAUUGCUGACAUUUGGUAGGCUAUUUAUUGAUCAACUUGUCUAUAAUUAGACACAUGCAGCUUCUCUUCUCUCAUUACUUGAUCCUUGUCUAGAAUACUAAAUAAAGCUUUGCUCACCAGAAUGUCAUAAAUCGAUAGAAUGAUCAAUGCAUCAUCAACAAUCUAGUUGACAUCGGUAAAGUUUUAUCUUUUCAUUUCUGCUUCUCUCACAGAGCGAGGACGUUUAGUGACCAGGGAGAUUUCCAAAUGACAUCAGUUUGACCGGUUUUAAGGAAAUUAAAAGCUGUGGAAAUAGAUCCAACAUGUUUCUGAUAGUAUUUCAGUUCGUCUUGGAUGCAUUGUUUUUGUGGUUGAAAAUGAAAUACUGUCAGCAUUUAUGUCGCUGAAUGAAAUUGCAUGUUAAUGCUACCCAACAGGUGCUUAAGUGCACAUUCGCAUUCUCUCAAGAUGCUGAAAUAAAUAAAUCAUGAUGCUCCACUCCUGUUAGCGAGACAAAAUUAGCAUUUGGUCUAUAAUUUUACUGCGAGGAACACUUAAUUCUGCAGGAGUUAAUAUUAUAAUAGGCUACAUGUAAGGCCUACAUUCAGUGUCCAGACUUGAGUUACUAUUCCAACUAUUAGGCUACUCCACUUUAAAAUAAGUACGGCAUCCAUACAGUGCCAUUUGAUAAAUAAAAAGAGACAUUACUUAUUCAGUGAUUUGUCAUCAUUCAUUAGGCCUACACAAGUCUUGUAACCUGAAUUGAUGCGUACACUGCUGUCCACCCGCGUUUCGCUCUCGGACACUCAUCUCUGCAGUGGCAGAAUUUCAGCAAAAUGUUUAUUAUCAUUGAACCACACCACAUUUUGGAGUGUCUUUGCUCAUUUCUAAUGCGACUGACAUGCGGUAAUGAUAAAUAGUGUAAUAGCAUACAGUACUUCCUACCGGACCGUUCCGACUUACUUUCACCCCUGAUUAGGACAAUCAUUUAGAUUCACAUAAUGAAUUACAACUUUCAAGUAUGUUAAACUAUCAAGCUUCUGUUUUUCAUAUUUUCUGUUUACUAUAUUGUCGCUCCCUGUAUCUCCGUCUCUCUCUGUCUCAAGCAGACAAAACUUGCAAAAAUAAAACAAGUCUAUCUAACAAUGUACCCAGGAUCUUGAUUUGUACUGAACAAAAAUAUAAACGCAACAUGUAAAGUGUUGGUCCCAUGUUUCAUGAGCUGAAAUAAAAGAUCCCAGAAACUUUCCAUACACACAAAAAGCUAAUUUCUCACAAAUUGUGUGCACAAAUUUGUUUACAUCCCUUUUAGUGAGCAUUUCUCCUUUGCCAAGAUAAUCCAUCGACCUGACAGGUGUGGAAUAUAUAGAAGCUGAUUAAAUAGCAUGAUCAUUACACUCUAAAAUGUGCAGUUUUAUCACACAGCACAAUGCCACAGAUGUCUCAAGUUUUGAGAGAGUGUGCAAUUGGCAUGCUGACUGCAGGAAUGUCCACCAGAGCUGUUGCCAGAGAAAUGAAUGGUAAUUUCUCUACCAUAAGCCGCCUUCAACGUCGUUUUAGAGAAUUUGGCAGUACGUCCCACCGGCCUCACAACGUGCAUGGCGUUGUGUGGGUGAACAGUUUACCGAUGUCAACGUUGUGAACAGAGUGCCCCAUGGUGGCGGUGGGGUUAUGGUAUGGGCAGGCAUACGCUACGGACAACGAACACAAUUGCACAAUUGCAUCGUUGGCAAUUUGAAUGCACAGAGAUACCGUGACGAGAUCCUGAGGCCCAUUGUUGUGCAAUUCAUCUGCCACCAUCACCUCAUGUUUCAGCAUGAUAAUGCACUCAAGGAUCUGUACACAAUUCCUGGAAGCUGAAAAUGCAUUGCCUGCAUACUCACCAGACAUGUCACCCGUUGAGUAUGUUUGGGAUGCUCUGGAUUGAUGUGUACGACAGUGUGUUCCAGUUCCCGCCAAUAUCCAGCAACUUUGCACCGCCAUUGAAGAGGAGUGGGACAACAUUCCACAGGCCACAAUCAACAGCCUGAUCAACUCUAUGCAAAAGAGAUGUGUUGAGCUGCAUGAGGCAAAUGGUGGUCACACCAGAUACUGACUGGUUUUCUGAUCCAUGCCCCUACCUUUUUUUCAGGUAUCUGUGACCAACAGAUGUAUAUCUGCAUUCCCAGUCAUGUAAAAUCCAUAGAAAUCCUAAUGAAUUUAUUUCAAUUGACUGAUUUCCUUAAAUGAACUGUAACUCAAUAAAAUGGUUUAAAUUGUUGCAUGCUGCGUUUAUAUUUUUGUUCAGAAUAUGUGUGUGCGCGCGUGCAUGCUUUUAUUAUUUUAGGAUGUUGUGAAAAAAAUGCUAAUAAUGAACUUACUUACGAAAAUAACAAACUAGUCAUUUGGGAACGGAAAUGUCUGAAAAGUAAAUCAUGACUUAUGAAGUCAAUCAAUCAAUCAAUCAAAUGUAUUUACAGUGAGGGAAAAAAGUAUUUGAUCCCCUGCUGAUUUUGUACAUUUGCCCACUGACAAAGAAAUGAUCAGUCUAUAAUUUUAAUGGUAGGUUUAUUUGAACAGUGAGAGUCAGAAUAACAACAAAAAAAUCCAGAAAAAUGCAUGUCAAAAAUGUUAUAAAUUGAUUUGCAUUUUAAUGAGGGAAAUAAGUAUUUGACCCCUCUGCAAAACAUGACUUAGUACUUGGUGGCAAAACCCUUGCUGGCAAUCACAGAGGUCAGACGUUUCUUGUAGUUGGCCACAAGGUUUGCACACAUCUCAGGAGGGAUUUUGUCCCACUCCUCUUUGCAGAUCUUCUCCAAGUCAUUAAGGUUUUGAGGCUGACGUUUGGCAACUCGAACAUUCAGCUCCCUCCACAGAUUUUCUAUGAGAUUAAGGUCUGGAGACUGGUUCCUCUUCUUGAGCCACUCCUUUGUUGCCUUUGCUGUGUGUUUUGGGUCAUUGUCAUGCUGGAAUACCCAUCCACGACCCAUUUUCAAUGCCCUGGCUGAGGGAAGGAGGUUCUCACCCAAGAUUUGGUGGUACAUGGCCCCGUCCAUCGUCCCUUUGAUGCGGUGAAGUUGUCCUGUCCCCUUAGCAGAAAAACACCCCCAAAGCAUAAUGUUUCAUUGUCAUGCUGGAAUACCCAUCCACGACCCAUCCACCUCCAUGUUUGGCGGUGGGGAUGGUGUUCUUGGGGUCAUAGGCAGCAUUCCUCCUCCUCCAAACACGGCGAGUUGAGUUGAUGCCAAAAGCUCAAUUUUGGUCUCAUCUGACCACAACACUUUCACCCAGUUCUCCUCUGAAUCAUUCAGAUGUUCAUUGGCAAACUUCAGAUGGGCAUGUAUAUGUGCUUUCUUGAGCAGGGGGACCUUGCGGGCGCUGCAGGAUUUCAGUCCUUCACGGCGUAGUGUGUUACCAAUUGUUUUCAUGGUGACUAUGGUCCCAGCUGCCUUGAGAUCAUUGACAAGAUCCUCCCGUGAAGUUCUGGGCUGAUUCCUCACCGUUCUCAUGAUCAUUGCAACUCCACGAGGUGAGAUAUUGCAUGGAGCCCCAGGCCAAGGGAUUUUUUUAUUUAUUUUUUAUUUCACCUUUAUUUAACCAGGUAAGCCAGUUGAGAACAGGUUCUCAUUUACAACUGCGACCUGGCCAAGAUAAAGCAAAGUAGUGCAAUAAAAACAACACAGAGUUACAUAUGGGGUAAAAAACAUAAAGUCAGAAAUACAACAGAAAAUAUAUAUACAGUGUGUGCAAAUGUAGCAAGUUAUGGAGGUAAGGCAAUAAAUAGGCUAUAGUGCAGAAUAAUUACAAUAGUAUUAACACUGGAAUGCUAGAUGUGCAAGAGAUUAUGUGCAAAUAGAGAUACUGGGGUGCAAAAGAGCAAAAUAAAUAACAAUAUAGGGAUGAGGUAGUUGGGUGGGCUAAUUUCAGAUGGGCUGUGUACAGGUGCAGUGAUCGGUAAGGUGCUCUGACAACUGAUGCUUAAAGUUAUUGAGGGAGAUAAGAGUCUCCAGCUUCAGAGAUUUUUGCAAUUCGUUCCAGUCAUUGGCAGCAGAGAACUGGAUAUUGACAGUUCUUUUGUGUUGUCACCUUCUCACCAAGCUGCUUGGCAAUGGUCUUGUAGCCCAUUCCAGCCUUGUGUAGGUCUACAAUCUUGUCCCUGAGAUCCUUGGAGAGCUCUUUGGUCUUGGCCAUGGUGGAGAGUUUGGAAUCUGAUUGAUUGAUUGCUUCUGUGGACAGGUGUCUUUUAUACAGGUAACAAGCUGAGAUUAGGAGCACUCCCUUUAAGAGUGUGCUCCUAAUCUCAGCUCGUUACCUGUAUAAAAGACACCUGGGAGCCAGAAAUCUUUCUGAUUGAGAGGGGAUCAAAUACUUAUUUCCCUCAUUAAAAUGCAAAUCAAUUUAUAACAAUUUUGACAUGCGUUUUUCUGGAUUUUUGUUGUUAUUCUGUCUCUCACUGUUCAAAUAAACCUACCAUUAAAAUUAUAGACUGAUCAUUUCUUUGUCAGUGGGCAAACGUACAAAAUCAGCACGGGAUCAAAUACUUUUUUCCCUCACAGUAUAAAGCCCUUUUUACAUCAGCAGAUGUCACAAAGUGCUAUAUAGAAACCCAGCCUAAAACCCCAAACAGCAAGCAAUGCAGAUGUAGAAGCAUGGUGGCUAGGAAAAACUCCCUAGAAAGGCAGGAACCUAGGAAGAAACAUAGAGAGGAACCAGGCUCUGAGGGGUGGCCUGUCCUCUUCUGGCUGUGCCGGGUGGAGAUUAUAAGAGUACAUGGCCAUUUAAGGCCAGAUUGUUCUUCAAGAUGUUCAGACGUUCAUAGACGACAAGCAGGGUCAAAGAAUAAUCACAGUGGUUGUAGAGGGUGCAACAGGUCAGUACCUCUAGAGUAAAUGUCAGUUGGCUUUUCAUAGCCGAGCAUUCAGAGGUCGAGACAGCAGGUGCGGUAGAGAGGGAGUCGAAAACUGUCCGGUGAACAGGUCAGGGUUCCCUAGCCGCAGGCAGAACAGUUGAAACUGGAGCAGCAACAUGACCAGUUGGACUGGGGACAGCCAGGAGUCAUCAGGCCAGGUAGUCCUGAGGCAUGAUCCUAGGGCUCAGGUCCUCCGGGAGGGGACGGAGAGAGAGAGAAUUAGAGGGAGCAUACGUAAACUCACACAGGACACCAGAUAAGACAGGAGAAUUACACCAGAUAUAACAGACUGACCCUAGCUGGCACAUAGACUAUUGCAGCAUAGAUACAUAGAUACAGACACUGAGACGGGUGGGUCGGGGGACACUGUGGCCCCGUCCGACGAUACCCCCGGACAGGGCCAACCAGGCAGGAUAUAACCCCACCCACUUUGCCAAAGCACAGCCCUCACACCACUAGAGGGAUAUCAACAGACCACCAACUUACUACCCUGAGACAAGGCUGAGUAUAGCCCACGAAGAUCUCCUCCACCGCACGAGCCCGAGGGGAUGCAAAACCGGACAGGAAGAUCACGUCUGUGACUCAACCCACUCAAGUGAUGCACCCCUCCUAGGGAUGGCAUGGAAGAGCACUAGUAAGCCAGUGACACAGCCCCCGUAAUAGGGUCAGAGGCAGAGAAUCCCAGUGGAGAGAGGGGAGCCGGCCAGGCAGAGACAGCAAGGGCAGUUCGUCGCUACAGUGCGUUGCCGUUCACCUUCGCACCCCUGGGCCAGACUACACUCAAUCAUAGGACCUACUGAAGAAAUGAGUCUUCAGUAAAGACUUAAAGGUCGAUACCGAGUCAGCAUCUCUCACAUGGAUAGGCAGAUCAUUCCAUAGAAAUUCAGCUCUAUAGGAGAAAUCCCUGCCUCCAGGUGUUUGCUUAGAAAUUAUAGGGACAAUAAGGAGGCCUGCGUCUUGUGACCGUAGCAAAUCGGAGAGAUAGGUAGGAGCAAGCCCAUGUAAUGCUUUGUAGGUAAGCAGUAAAACCUUGAAAUCAGCCCUAGCCUUAACAGGAAGCCAAUGUAGAGAGGCUAGCACUGGAGUAAUGUGAUCAAAUUUUUGGGUUCUAGUCAGGAUUCUAGCAGCCGUGUUUAGCACUAAAUUAAGUUUAUUUAGUGCUUUAGCCAGGUAGCUGGAGAGUAGAACAAUGCGGUAGUCUAAUUUAGAAGUGACAAAAGCAUGGAUUAGCUUUUCUGCAAAAGUUUCUGAUUUCAGCAAUGUUAUGAAGAUGGAGAAAAGCUGUCCAUGAAAUGACAGUAGUGUCCUUCUAGUGUGACAUGAGAACAAGUGUGAAGUGGAAAGGGAAAAGAGGAAAGGAUGUUUCAUGCAGUUUGGGCAAUCUGGAGCCGUGUGGGGUUUAGCUAGCAUUCUACUACUGUACCCACUAAAAUAUGUUCACAUUACUUCAUACAGAUUAACGCUUUCAAGCAUUGUCAUGUAAAAGGGGUUGCACCAAAUGAAAAUAAAAUGGGUACUAAUGUGGGAGGGUCGAAAAAGUCCUAUAUAUUGAUACAUUCGUAAUCAAAAACUCACCCUCAGAUCAUGCCAUGUGCUCCAGUCAUGUCUUCUGCACUUCCUGGUUGAGCAAGGACCCUCCAACCGCAAUGGUUUCCAGAUAAUAGCUCAUUUUAAUAUCACAAUAUUCCACCACACCGGUGGACAUAACUUUCUCUGAACAAAUGUAUUUGAUUAUAAAUAUUUAUUUAUUUUUAUAUGGAUGGACUUGGGAAAUAUAAUUCUCACAAAUAGACAUCUGUGUUAACAUGCUACAUAUUGGAGAGAAGGGAUUCGCUUAUUUUUUUAUUUUUUUUAUGUAUAUUUGAAUUUUCUGGAACACUUUACACAUUUAGUUGAAAAUAACAUUAUACAAAUGUUAUUCAUUGUAUGAGUCUGCAGAUGAUCCAAACAAAGCAGUAUCUUCUUAACCAUACAAUAAAGAGUUUUCACAAAUGAAAGUAAGUUAUGCAUGUUUUUGACACAUUGGAGUGAAAAAAAGCAGUGGCACGUCAACCACCCAUUUAUUCUCUGACUGCCUCAGGUAUUUGUACUAUGCUGCUGAGUGUGAUGAUUGAAAGUGUUAGUAUUGUAAGUUCUCUCCCUUUCGUUCACUCAUUCUGUUAAUGUUCCCUGUUUUUAUAAUCGUUACAUCCAGACUUAAGAUAAUGUGGAAAUGAACAAGUCACUCAUAAGUAAUUGCAUUUGAAAAUACUUUAUUAAGACUGCCCCCGAGCCAGGGAUAUUGAUUUGCACAAAGCAUAGCCACUCUCAUAAGCUCUAACCCCUCAUCAUGCCCUUAAUAAGGUUGGCAGGAAGUCAUACAUGCCGAGGAGGUAAUUGCAUUUGAAUCAUCUUUAUUAAUGGAGUAACUAGUUUUGCAUGUGUGGUCAAACUCCAAAUUGCCUCCACAUCCUGUUUAGUCAUUCUGUGGGGCCAGGGGCUGGGACUGGCUGUCAGUGACCCGCUGAUGACUUCCUCCUGCUGGGUUGGCGUGGUGCGUCUGAGGCUAUCCUGCUGGGCGCUCCAGAAGAGAUAGCUCCAGCCUCCAGACAGCCCCCUCCAGUAAUCUGCCCCAGCCAGGCACAGGCUGCUUAUCUCAGCCUCUUCCUGUGCCACGGCAGGGCGGUGGCAUGGAGGGCAUUGUGGUAGACCCUCCCUGAUCUCUCCUUAUAUAGAGCAAAGGGUUAUGUAAGUGGUUGUUGCCAUCGAUGGAGAUACACACACACACACACACACACACAGCUGAGUUACAGUAAAUAGUGAUGAAUAAAAUGCAGUGCCUGAUUUGAAUCUACUGUGGUCUAUUUUAUUAGUUGCCCAAAUCCCUGGAAGGCUUCCCUCUGUAAUAUAGUUAACAGUCUCUCCCUCUGCUCCAUAGUAAAUGCCUGUCUCUCCCUCUCCCUCGCAGCAGUGACUGCAGCAUCAUGGCCUCUGGACCAUCAGAUGUGAUGCCCAACCAGGAUCCAGCAGACACCCCAGAAGAGUGGACAGGUAAACCCACACUUUAACAGGCUUUGAUAGCCCUUUAAAGGGGCUCUUCACUUUUCUCUUGUCAUUGGUAGAUAGGAAACUCUGUCUUUGGUAGUGCUAUGACUGCAUUACGGCAGAUCCUAUCUGAUCAGAUUUACAGUAUCUAGUCUGUAGGGAGGGAAUGGCAACACUACUCCUUGUCCACACAGUUGACAUGGAUCUAUGCCUCCUCUGAGGAUCUAUGUCUGAGAAGCCUUGGGGUUCAUUGCAAGUUGAAGUGAGAGAAUUUUAUCAUGGUGAGAAUCCCUCCACAUGAUCCAUGCAAAAUUAUUAGUGUUUCUUCUAGACCCAUGUGCUGUAAGCUCUCUCAGAAAGCAUUGGGCUUCAGGGAGGAUCAGGCCAAGCUUAAGAAUAUAUAUUUUAUUACAGUUUUAUUGGCAGGAAAGUAAGUACAACAAGAUACAUCUCAGCACCCCUAAAGAACAUAUUUUUCCAAUGUCCGUCCGCCAACCCUUCACCCCUGCUGUGAUGUGCUCUGGAAACGAGGAAGUCAGGGACUGCAAGGUCAGGCUCGGCCCUGUCUCUGGAGGGCUAGCCAGGACGUGGAUUAGCCCUUUCCUUCAGGAAUAAAUCACACUGACAAGGGGGGUAAUCUCCUCUAUUGGAUUGAACUUCUAAAGCGGAGGGCGAAGUCCAUUAAAGUAAAUAAUUUGUCAAUGGCUGGAGGUGUGCUGGCCAGGCGGCGGGCCAGGGGAUAAUGUGGCGUGCCCUGAUAGUCGGAGAGAGGGGGAGGGGGUUAAGCUGCAGUCAAGAUAGAGGCCCUGUGUGUACUACGCCCAUGGUGUUAGAGGGGUCUUGGCCAUGCCUCUUCCCAGGGUUACAGUUUGUAAUAGAAUUAACAUAAACUCAAGGAGAGUAAGUUGUUGUUGGGUACAGCAGUGCUCACUAGAUCAAUGAGGAUAUUCAGUGGGAGAGAAGUUUGUGUCUGACUGUUUAUUUAUGUCCCAUCUAAGCCCAAAUAUGGCCUGUUGGUCAAAAAUACCCUCUCUGGACAAAAUAUCUUGGUCUCAGCUAUAGGAUACUUUUUAAAAACAUUUUCAGCUACUAUAUGCAACCAUAAAUCUGUAGUAGUCCCUCUCCUACAGGAAUUGAGUUUUCCCUUGAUUGUUGACUUCAGCCAUACUGAAUGGCCCAAUUCAGUGUGUGUGAUCAUGCCAGCUCAAGGUCUUGUCUGUAAUUGGAUCUCAAGUGUUUUCCAGAGCAUGUGAGCCACAGGAUUGUGUGGCUUUAUAUAUAAAUAUAGUCUGUCACUACUGCCAACCUUCACUCCUCCAAGGCAGUGCUUGCUCUUUAAUCAGACAAUUGCAUUCCUGGCUGCUAAAGGUCUCCAUCCUAGGAUUGUUCAUGUUGCAGUCAUCUCCUCUCAAAUAUUGGCAACAUUUCUAUGGAUCCAACUAACUUGACCUUCUCCUUGAUAAUUGGCCUUUCUGCUGCGAUGUUUCUCCUUCUGCUGCUAUUUUGGCGUAAUGUCAUAUUGUUUCUAAAAUAGUGUGUGAUUAUGUGUUGUAUUAUGAAUUGUUCACAGGCACCCUAACAAACGUGUUUUAAGAUCUCUGCCUGCUAUUAUUCUCAACAAAGGUUUGGGGUAGUGGACAGAGUUUUUUACAGAAGAAAAAUAAAUAAGUAGUUAAAAAGAGGUGUUGAGAUUUUCCACUGUAGUGCUAAAUUUAAAUGGAACACUUGAAGUGUUUUACUACCCCUCUCACUCAGUAAUGCUACAUGGGUUUUUGACCAACACAGGGUAAAUUACUCUCACUUUACUUGAGCUCACAUGAGGGAGAAGUUCAAAUGUAAAUAAUGAUAGAUGUUCGUUUAAAAGCUUUCAUAAGGUGGUCUUCUUUGUUUGGUGGUGAAAAGACAAAGGUAGUGAAGGAAUAGCUCCCAUUGUCAACUGGAGAUGUUUAACCUCUGUCAUGCUUUAACCAUGAUGUUAUCUAUCUCCAUUGUAGGCAAGAAGAAGUCCAAGUUCCAGACCUUCAAGAACUUUUUUGCUAAGAAGAAGAGAAAAGAGGGAGCCACUCCUGCCGGGGACAAUGGGUUGAAGUCUAGCCAGUCCAGUGACAAUGUCAAUGCCCCUGAACCAGCACUCCUCAUCCGCUCUGAGAAAGACGAGGGCUCUGGGUAAGAUUAUAUUCUUCUCACAGGUAUCUUUUGGUUAUCACUAUGGCAACAGCCUCCAGGAACAAUAAACACAAUGUUCACAUCUUACAGUUAAAUGAGAAAAUACAAGCAAUUUCAUUUAAUCCUUAACAAAGUACAAAUGUGUCAUUGAAUUUCUCCUCUAUGUAUGUUUACUACUUUAAAGGCACAUAUUUGUCCUAAUAUAGAGUGGAAAGCUGGGAAUUAACAUUCUGCCUACCAUUUAGUCACCUGAAUAAUAAACCAAGUCUUGUCCGCUAAUUUUAGAGUUUAGUGAAUUUUCCUUCAUUACCUGCUGCAGACAUCUUCCCCAGAGACAGGAUCUAAGUCCCAAAUGGCACCCUAUUCCCUAUUUAGUGCACUACUUUUGAUCAGGAUCCAUAGGGUUCCGGUUUAAAAGUAUUUCACUAUACAGGGAGUAGGGUGACAUUUGGGACAGAGCCAGAACUAUUGACUUGUCAUUACUGCUCCUUUAGGUUUUUCUACAAAUGUUAUUCGAUUUAUUCCUACAUGUUUGAAUGGAGAUGACCCAGCCAUGGCCUGACUGCUACUUAGAGGAGAGCUCUGGGGCCUCAUUUAUAACCAUUGUGUAAAUUUCACACUAAAUAUCUGCGUGUGCCAUUUCUGAAAAGACUGCAUACGUCAACAAAUAUUGAGAUCACGCCAUACAUGCGCAUGUUUCCUGUUAUAAAUCAGACCUGUCGUAAAUUGUGUGCAUCAUGAACGAGCAUUAUAAUUCCGCCAGGAAAACGGCCAGCUGACCUUUUUAUGUUGACAAUAACAGCCCUAUUUGCAGUUUGAUUUGAAACUUUUGGAAUUAGGCCACAUUUUCUAAGGUGUGUUGCCAGAAUGUUUUGCAGUGACUCAGACUAUCGCUGUAGUAUUCAGCAAAGGACAGUGACUAUUUCUGAAAUUAAAAAUCUAUGACAAAUUGUUGUUACGUUUCUGAACAUUUUAUUUAACAAUGUUUUGCAGUGACUCAGACUAUCGCUGUAGUAUUCAGCAAAGGACUGUGACUAUUUCUGAAAUAAAAAAUCGAUGAAAUCUUUUUACAUUUGCUGAACAUUUUAUUUAACAAUGUUUUGCAUUGACUAUUUCCCCCAACCUAACUAUGGUGCACUGCCUGCGAAUUCUGAACAUUGUCUAGGCCUACUCGAUGCAUUUGAAAUUACAAGGUGAACUGUCUGUUCUAAAGUAGCCACCUUUUUUUUACGUUGUAAUGUAGCUAACUAAUGUAGCCAACAUAACCAAAAUAACGUAUCUAUUUACUACUGUGAAGUAGUUCCAAUUAAAUGAGAGAUGGGAUGAAUUUUAUCUUAAUUUGUUGUAAAGCUACUUCGGGAGUAUGAAACCAUCACAGUCAGAAAAGGUGAGGAACCUAUUCUGUGCAAUAAUCCGAAAAUACAUUAUUUAUUUUUAUAUUACAAAUAUAUUGAUUUUCGCUCUUCUCACUAACGGCAAAUGAUUGCAUCAUGUUUUUUGGUUUUUAUGAAUAAGCAUGUCAUCAUUUCCCCCAUUUGCACAAUAUACUACUUGCCUGCUUGCAAGGCAAUACUUCAACUAUCAUAAAUUGUGUGCACGCAUGGUCUAAUGUUUGUGGGAAGUUAAGCACAUUCUCACAUCAAGUAAAAUGUCUAUAAAUGCCAACUUUUGCGUGAACUGGCACUGCACGUUUUGGGGUAGCGUUUGUAAAUGAGGCCCCAAAUGGUCUGAUUUGUCAUUUAACAUGAAAUCUCAUACUCAAUUGCUCUAUUUCUUUCUUUCCAAGGUCAAAAGUCUACAUGGGAAAUAAGGCUCUGUCACAUGACAGUGUCUUUGUCUCCGAUUUGCCCCUGUCAGAGGUAAACGAGGGUCUGGGAGCCUCUCAGGACAGCAUCCAUGGGAAAGUCAAGUCUCUACAGGUGGGUAGUUAAGCCUGUGUUCCAUUCCUCCAUACUGGGACUGACUGUAAUUCUGGCUGUUGUACCUAUAGUCCUAUAUCAUACACCCACAACAAGUGAAAACAAUGUGUCUCCGUGGCUCGUGUUAGUAUCCGAUAUUCAGCUCUCUUAAUCGGUAUUAGCGUAGGCACUCUGUCUGUAGAACCUGGGUAUAAAAUGUGCCAGUCUGGUCAUAAGCCGGGUAGACUGGGCGCUAGCUAGCUAAGGCUCAUCCUUAGGUCUUACUACCUGGAGUGUUCUGGACAGACUCCCACAGAGGGCCAGAGUGUACGCGCAGGCUAAUACAUACAGCAGUCAGAUGCACAACAGUUAGUGUUGGCUAGGCACAACAACAUGCUAAAACAGAGGAGAGAACAGAAACAGACUUGGCUGGUGUUGUUCAGCCUAUAAUAAGUCCAUUUGGAGAAGGAUAGGGAUUCUAAAACCUUUUUUGGAAGGAGACAGAGCAGAGACUGUGUCCUUGAGAGCAGCUGAGCUCAUACAGAUAGUGUCCAUUCAGUGUGUGUAUCUGUGAUACUGCUUUCUUUCACCACCCAAAGUCUAUGUUUCAGCUAGAAUGGACCUAUUGUUGCUUAACUCACUUUCACUUUCCUUAUCAUUCCACUUUGACAAGAGUUCUUAACCACUAGGUAGGGUAGCAUGCUCUCAGAAAACACAUGAUCUGAAAGGGAAAAGCCAAUCUUAGUACACUAUUGCUGCACACGGGUCAUAUUUGUAAAGGAGUUUGCCAUUAACACAUUGCAAAAUCAAGGUUGAUACGUAUGCUAUUGUCCUGCAGCUCCAGCUGAAACAGGCCAUCAGGCUAGGCUCUCCUCCGUCUCUGUGUGUGAAGAAGGGGGAUGACGCAGAGACUCUGUCUGAGGAUGACGGCCUUCCCUGCAGCCCACCAGAGUACUCCACCCUGCACACUGUCCUGGCUGGGGUGUCCCACAGGGUACGCAUCAUUAUGCAGCCAGGACUGGCAUAGUUUUCAUGGAUUCAUGGGGUCAACUUCAUGUUAGCGAUCAUUGCACCAGAUUAGCUACAUAGCUAAUUCUGGUCUUCUGUCCCUAUUAUGAUUAUAAUUGUGACUGCAGUCACUUGAUACAUGUCACAUACAGUGAGAGAAAAAAGUAUUUGAUCCCCUGCUGAUUUUGUACGUUUGCCCACUGACAAAGAAAUUAUCAGUCUAUAAUUUUAAUGGUAGUUUUAUUUGAACAGUGAGAGACAGAAUAACAACAAAAAAAUACAGAAAAACGCAUGUUAUAUAUAAACUGUUAUAAUUUGAUUUGCAUAUUAAUGAGGGAAAUAAGUAUUUGACCCCUCUGCAAAACAUGACUUAGUACUUGGUGGCAAAACCCUUGUUGGCAAUCACAGAGGUCAGAUGUUUCUUGUAGUUGGCCACCAGGUUUGCACACAUCUCAGGAGGGAUUUUGUCCCACUCCUCUUUGCAGAUCUUCUCCAAGUCAUUAAGGUUUCGAGGCUGACGUUUGGCAACUCGAACCUUCAGCUCCCUCCAAAGAUGUUCUAUGGGAUUAAGGUCUGGAGACUGGCUAGGCCACUCCAGGACCUUAAUGUGCUUCUUCUUGAGCCACUCCUUUGUUGCCUUGGCCAUGUGUUUUGGGUCAUUGUCAUGCUGGAAUACCCAUCCACGACCCAUUUUCAAUGCCCUGGCUGAGGGAAGGAGGUACUCACCCAAGGUUUGACGGUACGUGACCCCGUCCAUCGUCCCUUUGAUGCGGUGAAGUUGUCCUGUCCCCUUAGCAGAAAAACACCCCCAAAGCAUAAUUUUCCACCUCCAUGUUUGACGGUGGGGAUGGUGUUCUUGGGGUCAUAGGCAGCAUUCCUCCUCCCCCAAACACGGCGAGUUGAGUUGAUGCCAAAGAGCUCCAUUUUGGUCUCAUCUGACCACAAGACUUUCACCCAGUUCACCCAGUGCUUUCUUGAGCAGGGGGACCUUGCGGGCGCUGCAGGAUUUCAGUCCUUCACGGUGUAGUGUGUUACCAAUUGUUUUCUUGGUGACUACGGUCACAGCUGCCUUGAGAUCAUUGACAAGAUCCUCCCGUGUAGUUUUGGGCUGAUUCCUCACCAUUCUCAUGAUCAUUGCAACUCCACGAGGUGAGAUCUUGCAUGGAGCCCCAGGCCGAGGGAGAUUGACAGGUCUUUUGUGUUUCUUCCAUUUGCGAAUAAACGCACCAACUGUUGUCACCUUCUCACCAAGCUGCUUGGCGAUGGUCUUGUAGCCCAUUCCAGCCUUGUGUAGAUCUACAAUCUUGUCCCUGACAUCCUUGGAGAGCUCUUUGGUCUUGGACAUGGUGGAGUGUUUGGAAUCUGAUUGAUUGAUUGCUUCUGUGGACAGGUGUCUUUUAUACAAGUAACAAGCUGAGAUUAGGAGCACUCCCUUUAAGAGUGUGCUCCUAAUCUCAGCUCGUUACUUCUUUAAAAGACACCUGGGAGCCAUAAAUCUUUCUGAUUGAGAGGGGGUCAAAUACUUAUUUCCCUCGUUAAAAUGCAAAUCAAUUUCAAAAAAAAAUUACAUGCGUUUUUCUGGAUGUCUUUGUUGUUAUUCUGUCUCUCACUGUUCAAAUAAACCUACCAUUAAAAUUAUAGACUGACAAUUUCUUUGUCAGUGGGCAAACGUACAAAAUCAGCAGGGGAUCAAAUUCUUUUUUCCUUCACUGUACAAUACCAUACAUACCUGCACAUACCACACAUUCAUGUUUCAUGAAAGCUACCGUGAGGAUGACUCCAUGCACUCAUGCUUACGUCUACAGAUCUAUUACUGUAUAUCACCCUUUUAUAAGUGCAUUGUCACUCAUCCUGUCGGUCUCUCCUUCCAAACUGGUGCAGAGGAACAGCUCCCUGAGUCUGGAGGGAACAGACAGCGAUGAAGACCAGGUAAUAACCCGUUAUCCAUGUCUCCAGUAUGCUAUUUUGUUAAUCUAGUCAUGCGCUUCCUAUUCAGUGGACACAGUGAAGGAUCCUCUUGGUCAUUUGACCAUCAUGACCAAUCAGAAUGCAUCAUUAGCCCAAAGAGGAGGAGAGGAGGCUCCUCUAUCGUCUGUAAAAGGACAUGAUGUGGAUCAAGAUGAGUGGGUUGUAUUGUCAUUUGAUUUUAAGAAGAAUAAAUGUUCCCCAGAUGUAUUACACAAGUUGAUGUCUUAGAGUACAUCUGUCUUUUGAUGAAGUAUAAAGCUGUGUGUCUUUUGAUGAAGUUUGUACUCUUCGAGAAAUGAAAGCUUCCAUGUCAGAUGCAGUGUUAAGCAAUAGGAGUGAAUCAGGAUGGAGUCAUUGUUGAGCUUCAUACAUCGAUGAUAUGUAUACCAUAUGCGACAGGCUCAGAGCAGCUACAUGAGUUGUGUAAGCCAUAUUUACACCAUACAUGUACACAAUGGUUUGUUAUAAACAUCAGAAUUUAGGAUCCUUAGAUACUGCUCUUUUCUGCCUCUCUCUGUCUGUGAAUUAUUUGGCAGAAGAGUCUCAUGAUCAAAUGUAAUUACUGCAACUUAUUAAUGAGUUAGCGUAAACAAAACAGUCAGUGGUAUAAUGCUGUGUGAAGUGUAGCUGGUGUUAUUAUCUCAGCUGGCACGCUCACACUCUGCACAAUGGGACCAAUGGGAUGAAUAGAUACUUGGCUAGUUUCUAUGAAUGUUGAUUGAAUCUUUUAAUCCUUUCUCAAUUGAAUUUGAUUGAAAGGAAUCUGCCAAGGGACUCCAAAUAAUCCUCUGAAGUUGUGAAAGGAAUGUCCUAAAAAGGAAGACCACAGUUGGCAUUUGAUGGACUUAAAAAGACUUACACAGACCUCCAAUAGCACAUUCAACAGUAGCUUCUAUUGUUUUUGUAUAUACGAUAGUAGACUAUUUUUCUCUUGAGCUGUCUUUUCCACGAGUUUAAAAAGGAGUCAGAAUAAAAUGAAAAACCUCCAGAGUAAAUCACUCCACUCAGCAUUCCAAUUGCUGCCUCGUGGGAUGACAGGAAGAUGGGGGGGGGAAAGUCCCAUAGGAACUGGUGUACUAUCUUACCAUGUGUGAUUUUCAGUAGUUGCUGACUGUUCGUUCUGAAUGACAAACAUGACGCAGGCACACACACACAGAUGCACUUGUUUGUUCCCAGAAUUCCAAAUAGUUGUCAUGCGCUUGUGUUUUGCCUCGCUUGUGAUGCCUUCAGUUGGACCCGGAGCUGUAACAAGCUAGAAGAUUGUUUUUCGAGCCAUAAAAGGCAGCGUGCUGUUGGUUUGACCUCUUUUGAAAUGGGAAGGGGUGGCAGUACACUCCCUUCGUCUGCCUGCGCAAACACCACUGAGAAUCCCACCACAAAUCUUCAGCUGAAGAUGAUGACCUGACAGUAAUAAUGCUGCAUGUCAUUCUGCUGGUCUGUUUCUACAGGAUGUAUUGUUUGACUCGGAGAAAGGGGUUGCUAUUGAGUCUUCCGUGUGGUCUGAAUGCAUUCCAUUGGUUUUCUCUGGCAGUCAGGCUGUCUGCUGCAAAUGGGGAUAUUACACCACUCACAGAGUCAGGAGGCCCUGCCAAGCCGAGCUCUGGCUAUAGAACAAACAAUACAUUUAAUUGAAUGUAUAUCUAAUCCACUCUGCUGGAUACAAUACAAACACAUAGGUAGUUUCACUUAUGACAACCUGUCUCUGGUUACACAGGGCAAAUACAAAUACUUUGAUGCCCAUAAUGGCAGCAAUCCUAUUUGCUAAUAUUUCCAUGUUUGUGUAAAAUCUGUAUUGUAUAUGACAAAUGGCUAUUUAUCGUAAGAAUCCACUUCUAGUAUGAAAGCAAGAUGUUAGAGGUGACCCAUUUGCGUCUUCUUUUGAGCUUCCUCACUUCAGGUUAGACAAGUUGUCAUUACAGGUGACUUAAAGUAAAUCAGGGUGUCACUGAAGACCAUUCACUCUCCAGUCCUCUGUCAAUCUAUUUACCUUUCAGAGUGAAUUGUUGUCUGAAACAGUAGAGCAAACCUACAUUCCAGAGCACUGAGAGCAGAGGCCUGUAUUUGUUCAGCUAAUGUCAGGGGGAGCCAGGCAGAAACAUGCCAGGAUGUAGCUCUGCCUGGGACUUCAGAGGCUGGGAAUUUUUUGUGACGCUCGAAACUACUAGGUCUUGAUAAUGGUGUCCCUGACAUUGUUUAUCCAGCUGUACAGACAGACAGUCAGUCCUCCCUUUCCUCUCCUCUUCUCUGUGUCUUAAUGCUUUUCCUUAGUCUUGAGUAGGAAACUCACCCAUGUCUUAGGAUAUGGUUAAUCCGUUUCAGGAGAUAAACUAUAUUUGAUCCACAAUACAGUAUUCUUGAAUCUGUUUAGCUGGCACCUGGCAUCAGCAGAGAGUAAAUGACGUGUGUGGACAGAGAUGUCUGAAGACAUUGAGGUUGUAAGUUGUAAGAGGUUGUAAUAAUUAUAUUAUUUACUGUGUUAAAAUGGCCGCUCUCUCCCCUCAUAUGUAGAUGUCCUGUGAGGCGGGCUCCAGAUCGGUCAGUCCCCUGGUCUCCCUGCCUGUAGACUUCAGCCAGCCUGCAAGUCCCAUGGGCUGCCUGGACAACACUGCUGCUCGCCACCGCCUGGCCGUCCGACACAAGGCCUGCUCCAAGAUGAGGAAACCCACCACUGUAAGAUAUACAUACCCAUCCCUUUCCAGCACAACCAGCCCCUCUCCCGACUCCCCUGGCCAACACACACCAAACCCACCCGCUUCUAUUCCAUACCCAGCCCAAGUCCCCUCUGAUCACCAGAGCAGAACCCCAUAAAAAUCCAUCCCAUGAGCCAAGUGUCCAGCCCAUCUAGCCCAACCACAACGCGCCAGCCUGCCGUCAACAUGCAUGGCUGAUGAGUCUACCAGAUCUGUGUAAAACAUGUGCCCCAUAUGAAGCUGGAAAGAUUAAUUAUCUUUAAAUGAACUGUAUCGUUAAGAUUACAUUAUGACUCAUCUCUGCCAUCUUUCUUUUGCUCAGAGGGUUGAUCGCAGGGCUGAGGGAGAAUCAUUCCAAGAGGAAAGACUGAGUUUUGUCAUUCCAGAAUCUGUGGAGGAGGACAAGGAGGAAGGUAAUAUAAAUUAUCCUUAUUACAGUAACAUUACACAACAUAUUGGUGAAAUAUCAGAAAGAUAACCAUUCUUACUCAAUACAAUGAAUGAUGUGAUAAAAUGCUAUAGUGACUUGCUUAUAGUGGCCCUGCUCAGACGUAGUUAUGUGUGUUCCAGAUGUGAAACGUGAGCAGGCUGGUGCUGCCGAGGAGGAGAAGGAGCAGCCAGAUGGUGCCGUGGUAUCCCAGCAGGCCGAGAGAUCAGCCCCAGAUAAGGAGGAGGAGGAUGAGCAGGGGGACCAACAGGAAGUGUCUCAGGAUGCCUCCUCCUCAUCCCCAUCCCCCUCCAUACAGAAUGAGUCUGACUCUGAGGAAUGUCUCUCAGGCCUGGCUAAGGCUCCAACUCCCCAGCCCCGGCUGCAGACCCAGACUGCCCCCCUGCCUGGCUCCCUGGACUCUCUGGAGCCCCCUACUAGAGACUACGAUGACUUCCUCCUGGCCCCUACUGGGUGUGAGGCGGCUGAGGAGGGUAGCUCUCUACUCCAGGAGGUGCUGAGCUCCCUCAAGUGUCCCUUGACGUCUGUCCUGGGGUUGGAGAUGGAGGCUGUGCCCCUGGAGGUGGAGGUGAAUGCGAAGGGCUCAUACCCUGAGAGCCGGGUGGAUGAGCUGGCUGAUGAGCCUGAGCAUCCGUCCCUUCCUUCAGACCCAAACCAACAGGAAGAAGCCUGUCUCCCCAGUGAUGGACCUGACUGCCCAGCAGCGUCCCAAGAAGAGGUGGAGGGUGAGCCUUAUGAGUCUGAGGAGGAGUUAGUGGUACAACAUUUCAAACCAGAGGAGGAGGAAGAGGAGGAUGCAGAGAAAAUCAACCCUGAAUACUUAACCAAAGAAGAUCAGGACAUUCCUUCAGUUUAUAUGAAAAAUGAGGAAGAAGAAGAUAGUGAGGAAGAGAAAGAAGAAGAGAAGGAAGAGGAGAGGGAGGAGGCAGACGUAGAGGAAAAGGAAAUAGAGGAGGAGGUAGUAGAGGAAGCAGAGGAGGUUGUGCAAGAGGAGGCAGAGGAGGAAAAGAAAGAUGAGAGGAGGGAGAAGGAGGAAAAAACAGAGCCAAUCUCAGAGGUGCCAGUGCAGAGAGCCUUAUUGGAGGAAGAGGAUGUAACACUAACCUCUGUGGAGGAUGAUGCACAGCAGGUUCCAGACAAUGACACAGACCCUGAGAGAGCUUGUGAGAGCUCUGAGUGCCCCACUGAGCUCCCUGACCAAACAGUUAGGGACCAAGCCUGUGUCUCCCAGCUGCCAAAUAGCAGAACACCUUCUCCAGAGUCCCUAGACCAGCCUGAGUCCCCUACACACACCACACAGGACCAGGAAGAGCCCAGUGUAAUGACUGACCAGCCCAGUAUAACCAGUCCCAGUGCAGCUGCUGGCCCAGAGCAGAGCCCCCAGGAGCCCUGUAGUGGACCAACUGCCACAGAGGAUCAUGGGAAGCCAUCUUGUGGCUCUGAGCAGAGUAGACCCAGGUUCACCAUUUCCCCCGCCUGGCAAAGGUUGGCCACCAAAGAGCCAACCUCCCCUUCUCCAUCUCCCUCCCCCGCUCCCUCCCCCUCUGUCACUGUGCCUGGGGCUGUGGAAGCGGGGGUUACAGCAAAGACAGAUCCCCCAAGUAGAGUGGAGCCACUUAGCCCUGUGGUGGCUGAAGUCCCUGCUAGUCCCAGCGGAACACAGAGCACCACGGCACCCAUCAUUCCCCCUAAAGACACUCCCCCUGCAGCCCAGGAGGAAGGGACCCCUGAGAAUCCGUUUGGUGUUAGGCUGAGGAAGACCUCUGUGGGUAUGCUGCGCUUAGGAUCAGAGAGUGAAACUCCCCCCUCAUCCCCAGGACACUCACUUCCCAUAGAACCACAGAGGGUCUCGUUCACUGAACCACAGCCACAGCCACAAAGCAAACCUGCCCUGCUCAGAAAGCCCUCAGAGCUGGACGGUAUCGUCAAGCCCAAGAGAACACCAGGUACUAAAACCAUCUUAGUCACCAUCACUCCAGUCACAGUGUUUACAGACACACCUGAUAUAUGGCAAAUCCUUCACUCGCAAUGUCAGCUUUGUUUAUAUCUAUUUUUAAAAUGUUGAGCUCAAUAGACUUCAGAUGACAAAACAUUUAGUCUGUGUAUGUAUGUUUUAGGAAUAUGGACUCCUGCUGGACUAACAAUUCAUACUGAAACAGGUCCAUGAGUGCUGUUGAGAGCAGACUUAUUGAGAGCUAUCUAAAAAGAGACCUAUAAACACCAAGGAGAGAUUCCUCUAAAUCCCUAUGACUAUUUCGAUCAACUAAUUAGCUGUAUUCGAAUGCUAUUGAUUUUCUGCAUUUGUCUUUCAUUGGUUCGCACCUCUUUAUCUUAAAUUUCCACUCUAAACAAAAACAUUAUGCCAAAUUAAAUUACCAGGCCACUCAUAACAUAUUCCACACCAUUUGAAGACAUUCUCCUGUGUUCUUCUGUUUCAGAUCUGUCUGUGGGUCGAGUGCCUAGUGGGGGAUCUGAAUCGCCAAGCUGGAUCUCAGUGGCCAGACAAAAGCAAAGGAUCUUCAAAGAGAACUCAUUGGAGGAAACCACGGAGAUAAAGGUCACUGCGGAGAAGGUAGGGAUGGUGCACAUUGUUUCAUGUGUUCUUUUGUUUAACGAGAAGCCCACUGUUUCAUAGAGGAAAACAGUUGACUUGUCAUCAACCCAUCCAUCCAUUUAUUCAUCCAGUCCUCAGCUCUUGUUAGCAUUUCUUCUGCUAUCACAACAGCAUCCACCUUUUGACGCAAUAUCCAGAUUUUAUAUGACUGUGAAGUUGUGUAAGUGCCAUUUACUUUAUGUUAUACAUGUUGGAAUGAAUAAGCAGUUCAUUCAAUCUCUUUCCAGGAGGAGCCUAACAGAAAAGGUUCCAUUCCUACAUUGACGAGUCCUGUCAACAAAGACCAAGCCAAGCCUCCAGGACCUCCUAUAAAAGGUUUGACUCAUCAGUAUCCCACUCUGCUACCACACAUAUAUCUCUUUCUUAUAAAGAGUGUUUUCAUUGUUCUCACGAAGUACUGAGUGCGAUUGAUACACUGCUGCCCCCAUGUGGAUGAAACGUGUGAAUGGAAUGUUCCCGUUUAAAAUGUUCUGUAUCUGAGACUUCAUUUUAUCACACCUACAGUCUCUUUAGGAGAAUGCAGAGUGAUUGUGUCACUAAAGAUGUUGUUCUCUGCUCGUUGUCCAUAGUGUUGUGUUCCCAGCCUGCCGUGGUUGAGAAAGAGGGGAAGAGAGCCCUGGCUCACCCUGCACCUACAGCCUUGGCCCAGGAUGAGCCCCCAUGGAUGGCCCUGGCCAAAAAGAAAGCCAAAGCCUGGAGCGAGAUGCCCCAGAUAGUGCAGUAAAGACGGGCCGUCUCAAACCGAACCAUCCGUCCACUGAUGGAUCAGAAUGCAUUUGCACAACCAGAGUAUAUCUUUUGUCUUCUAAUACCUUCGGGUUUCUGAUUGGACAGAUGCUGAAACCCUCCAAUCACGUGCCGCGGUGAAAGGAGUCAGUUGGGAAAUGGGCCAAAUUAUUAAAAGUUAUGGCAUAAGAUUGAAUUCAUUGACAUUAUAUAUCUUUAUGUAAAACCAACCAAUGAUUGAAUGAUAGUUUUUUGUUUUAAUUUCUUAAGUGUUAUUGUCAGUAUUCCUUGUAUGAGUGUGGGUCCGGUGUGUCAAAUCUUUAAACCUAGCCUUAAUCUUUGAUUUGGAGGAUGAAAAAGCAUAGAUGGAGAGAAAGAACUGAAGGUUUUUUCUUUGUAUUUAUUAAAUCUCUUUCAUGUAUGUUUUAUGUAUUUUUGUUUUAUUUUUGUAUGGCCUUUGAACAUGUGUACAUUAAAUGUGCAGAAA